AUGGCAGAUCGAACACGGACAACAACGAAUGGCACGGGGGUUCCCCGCUCUCGCAAUGGCGCCUCUUCAACAGGCGUUCGUCGCAAUCUAUUCCAAAGCCAGUUGACCCGGCGACCUACCGCUGGAUCGACUUCUACGUCUGCCGAAACACUGCAUUCAGACGUCGAUAUUUUAUCUGAUACAUCUGAGAUCGUAGUUCGCGAUAAGCACGGAGAAAUUGAGCUCGGGGACCCUCCGACACCGAUGAUGGAAGACGAGGAUGAGUUGCCCCUAGACCAUAGGCAAGAGUGUGAGAAGGAAAGACAACGUCUAGCAGAAGCAGUUAAACAUCACCAGAUGCAUCGUCAUGCUAUGACGGAACAACCUGAAGAACUUCUUGAAGCUGUGAGAGCAAGUCUACGAGCCAAAGUGGCAGCCCUUGCCGAAGAUAAUUGGAUGUUUGAACCAGAAGAACAGCCCCGUGGUUAGCCCAGUCUUUUAUUUACCUUACAACGCCUGCUGUCUAUGUUUUUCUCAAGGCAAUAUGGUAUACCAGCAACCUCACAGAUCAGAUUAUCUAGUCCAGACCUUCCGCUGCGGGGGCAUCUUGCCGCUGCGUAACCUGUUUACGCUUUGGCUUUUCUGGUUGGCCGCCACCGCCGAAGAAACCGCUCAUCAUAUCCAUAAGAGGGUUGCUCUGUCGAGGCUUGGACAGGCCGAAGUACAUCUCUCCAACCAUCUCAAGCGCCUCGGCCCAUGUUCCCGCCUCGUUGAUUUGUGUGGCAUACUUGGACACCAAAGCACGGUAGAGUUCGGGCGCGCCGCGUUGGAUAGCAAGAAGGAGAAAGCCAAGAAAGUUGUGUAGAGGCAGGCUUGGAAAGAUGCGGAUGUCACCAGCGGAGCUCGAUACGUCUUGGACACCAAGGUUCGGGUUAUCGUUGGAGAGGAAGCUGGUGAAGAGGCGGUAGCAGGUAUUGGCAGCACGAACAUUGCCAACGAGGAGAUAUGGGAGAACUGCGCGGCCGGCGAAGAGAGCCGCUUGAUGAGGCUCGCUCUCCUUGUACCAAUUAUAUUCCAUCUUUGUCAGAAUCUCGGGCGAGUCCUUGGUUCCCAAUAUCAAAUGUUUCUCGGCCUCGUAUGUAUCGUGCUCCUCGGCAUAUAGUGAGCCAGCGACAUGGUGAAGCUCAGGAUCUCCAGCUGGGUAUUCGCCAAAUUUUGCUGA